AUGGAUUUUCCUAGUGAAAAAAAUAAAAUAUUGAAAUUCAAAGAUUUUAAGUCCAAAGAUACUGUACCGUUUGUAGUUUACGCGGAUCUUGAAUGCACACUCGAACCCUCGGGAGAUGAUGAAAAGAUAGUUCAUAAACAUGUUCCACACAGUAUUGCUUACUAUGUACAUUGCAGCUAUGAUAACACACUGUCUAGAUUCCAAUUAAACCGUUCUCCUGAUUGCAUCAACUGGUUUGCUAAACAAUUAGAGUCAUUAGCUCUGGACUUUGAACAAAUUCUAAAGAACUCUAUAAAAAUGAAACCCUUAACGAAAGAGCAACAAGAUAGACACAACCAGGCAACUUUGUGUCAUAUUUGCGAGAAACCAAUCACUUCUACGACAGAUAAAGUCUAUGAUCAUUGUCACUUUACCGGUAACUACAGAGAUGCUGCUCAUAAAUCAUGUAAUGUUAAUUAUCAGAAAUCUACAAUUAUCCCAGUUGUCUUUCAUAAUUUAUCUGGCUAUGACUCACACUUCAUAAUUAAAUCCUUAGCUACAGUAUUUGAAGGUGAAAUUUCAUUGUUACCAAUCAAUAAAGAGCGUUACAUUUCUUUCACAAAAUCAGUUAAAAAUACUUCAGUCUCUUUAAGAUUUAUUGACUCUUUUAGAUUUAUGGCCUCCAGCUUAGAAAAAUUAGCUUCAUACCUCGAUGACAAAGACAAACAGAUUACGCGACUACACUACCCUGACCCUGAUAAAUUCAAAUUAGCAAUACGUAAGGGUGUAUUUCCGUAUGAGUACAUUGACAGCAUUGACAGACUAGACGAGAAACAGUUACCUGACCAGGUUUCAUUUUAUUCAAAAUUAACAAACUCAACUAUUUCUGAUGAUGAUUAUGCUUUUGCUCAAGUAGUUUGGAAUGAAUUUAAUAUUAAUACGCUUGGAGAGUACUCGGACUUAUACUUAAAGACUGAUGUCCUUCUCUUGGCUGAUGUCUUUGAAAACUUUAGACGUAGUUGCUUUAAAACAUACAAUCUAGAUGCUCUACAUUUUCAUACAGCACCAGGCCUUUCGAACUCAGCAAUGUUAAAGCAUACUGGUGUAGAACUUGAACUGCUAACUGAUCCUGAGAUGCUUCUUUUCAUUGAAAAGGGUGUACGUGGUGGGGUAUCGAUGUGUGCUAAUAGACACGCUGAAGCUAACAACCGGUACAUGGGUAAAGAUUUUGAUUCAAACAACCCUGAAACAUACCUGAUGUAUUAUGAUGUAAAUAAUUUAUAUGGUGCUGGGAUGAGUAUGUCUUUACCCAAGGGUAAAUUUGAAUGGGUUGAAAAUGUAGAUGAUGUAGAUCAGUUUUUCAAUGAUGAUGAAAGUGUAGGCUACAUCCUUGACGUAGAUCUACACUAUCCUGAGAAAUUACAUGAUCUACACAAAGAUCUACCUUUAUGCCCAGAACAUUUUGUACCACCUGGUAGCAAGCAACAAAAACUCACGACAACUCUGUACGAUAAAAAUAAUUAUGUUAUUCAUUAUAAGAAUUUGAAACAAGGUUUAGAUUUAGGUUUAGUUCUUAAGAAAAUACAUCGGGUCUUAAAAUUUGAGCAAUCAGACUGGCUCAAAUCAUAUAUUGAUAAAAAUACUGCAUGCCGGAAACUAGCUAAGAAUGAAUUUGAAAAAAACUUUUAUAAAUUAAUGAAUAAUGCGGUUUUCGGAAAGACGAUGGAAAAUGUACGAAAAUAUAAAGAUGUAUAUUUGAGAACUAAGUGGCAAGGGCGAUACAAUGUAUCCGAUCUAGUAUGCAGACCAAACUUUCAUAAUCUCACUAUUUUUGAUGAAGAUAUGGUUAUAGUUGAACUAAAACAAGUAACAGUUUGCUUCAACAAACCAAUAUAUGUAGGAUUUAGUAUAUUAGAUUUAUCAAAAACUUAUAUCUAUGACUUUCACUACAAUUAUGUGAUAAAAAAUUAUGAAAAAGAUUCAAAAUUAUUGUACACUGACACAAACAAUGGAAAAAUCAUGUCCGAGUUCGUGGGUCUCAGAGCCAAAUUGUAUGCCUUCGAAAUCCACGAUCCUGAGAAGGAAAAAGACAGGAUAAAGAAACGGGCAAAAGGUAUCGGUGGAUCAGCCUUGAAGACUAUCACGUUUGAUGAUUUCAAGAAAUGUCUUUUUGAAAAUGUAUUGUUAAGAAAAGAGCAGUACAUGAUCAAAAGUAAAAAACAUCAAGUACACACAAUAAAACAAGAGAAACUUGCUCUCAGUUGGGCUGACGAUAAACGUCAACUCAUUGAAGCAAGCACUGAUACUGUGCCUUGGGGUUAUAAAGGAUCCUUAGAUUUUAAGAAAUGA